GAGAGAGUGAGAGACGGAUCCGGGGACACAGUGAGUGGAAGCCGGUGGAGCUACAUAUUAAAUCACAGAAUUCCCCGCUCGUGUCUCAAACACUUGACGUCCAGCUUUUGCGUUCUGUUUUAUUUUUCUCCUUCUUCUUUCGUCUUGUUCUGCCAGCGCCGGUGUUUAAUGUCUCAUCUUUGACGUGCACGCAGCCACAGGUUGACCGAUGCCAUCCAGCCCCUCCGGAGUAUCCCUCUUCACCUCGGGCCGAUUCCCGCUGGACAAACCGAGAUGGGCUCCGUCGGGCGAUCGCCGGUGCUUGAUUGAGAGAGAAGACGAACCGAUCGCGUCGGCUGGAGCGCAGACGGAGGCAACAUCUGUCCGAGCGAGCGACGCACAAUUUCUAGGGACAAGCGAGGGGGGGGGACCUGUGGAGGGACUUGAAUGCAUGAAUGAAUGAGUGAAUGAGACGAGGCGAAGCAACAACAACAACAAAAACAACAACAAAAGGAUGAUGGGAUGGCCGUGACAACAUGAAAAAGAAAAAGUCUAUUUUCAUCCAGCCAGUGAUUCAACACAGCUAACCUGGGGGACAGGGACCGAGAGAGAAGAGGUAGGAGACCGGUGUGUGGCCACGUCCGUGACCAUGGAGCCUCCCCCUUCUCUGAGCUUGUCUCUGCUAGGAGGGAGUGAGGAUGAGGACCAGCGCUUCCUCCUCCCUCUGGGCAGUGUAUCCCAUCCCUCCACCACGGGCAACCAGCCCGGAUCCAACCAUUCCAACCACUUGGGAGGGUCCAGCCUCGACCGCCUCAAUGGCAGCACCCCGUCCCCGUCUUCUGCCGCGCCCAAUUUGCCGCCGGCAUCGCUCCCCAAGUUGCCCCAGUCGUCCUCUGGAGCCCAGCCUCUGCCCCCACCCAUCCCCAACGCACUGCACCCCACCAGCACCCCGCUGUCCUCCUGCCUGGGCUCGCAGCACAGCCUGAGCGGGGAAAACUCCCCGGUGUACAACGCCCUGUUCUACUCGUCCCACUCGCCCUCAAUGGAGCGGGACAGGGACAGGGAGAGGGGCUGCAAACACAGGCAGGCCAGCCCUCUGGUUCACCGCAGGGACAGUAACCCCUUCACGGAGAUCGCCAUGAGCUCCUGCAAGUACACAGGCGGGGUCAUGAAGCCCCUAAGCCGACUCAGCGCCUCCCGCAGAAACCUCAUUGAAUCAGACAGCAGCAGCGAAACCAAAGAGGGUGGCGUUUCAGCUGUUGCCGGGGCAACGGCGACCGGGGGGCACGACCGGCAGCGAGAUGCCCCACCUACCUCAUUGGUGCCGCAGACCUCUGCCAAUCAACCCCUCAUUCAGAGCCCUCCAGAGAUUGUGAUUUCAUCCAAAGAAGACUCCCCGUACCCCAGAGCAGGAUAUGACAUCACUGACUCCACCUCUAACCAGUUGUCCAUCUAUCACCAGAACCACGCGCUGGUGGAGAGCAGGCGCGCACAGCCGGGGAGAGGCAGCAGGCAGGCGGGGGUCGGGGCGGUGGGGUCCGGGGCCAGGGGGAGCACUUCCAAGGCCUCCAAACGGAAGAAUCAAAACAUUGGUUACAAACUGGGGCAUCGCAGGGCUCUGUUCGAGAAGAGGAAGAGGCUGAGUGACUAUGCCCUCAUCUUCGGGAUGUUUGGCAUCGUCGUCAUGGUGAUUGAGACGGAGCUGUCGUGGGGCGUGUACACCAAGAGCUCCAUGUAUUCUCUGGCCCUGAAGUGUCUGAUCAGCCUCUCCACUGUCAUUCUGCUGGGCCUCAUCAUAGCCUACCACGCCCGGGAAGUGCAGCUGUUUGUCAUCGACAACGGGGCCGACGACUGGCGCAUUGCCAUGACCAUGGAGCGGGUGCUGCUGAUCUCUCUGGAGCUGCUGGUGUCCGCGGUGCAUCCGGUGCCGGGCGACUUCAAGUUCCAGUGGCGGGCGCGGCUGGCCUUCUCGUACGCGCCGUCGCAGGCCGAGGCUGACCUGGACAUGGUGCUGAGCGUGCCCAUGUUCCUGCGCCUCUACCUCAUCGCCAGAGUCAUGCUCCUGCACAGCAAACUCUUCACAGACGCCUCCUCCAGGAGUAUAGGCGCCCUAAAUAAGGUGCAUUUUAACACGCGGUUUGUGAUGAAAACCCUCAUGACUAUCUGCCCCGGGACGGUGCUGCUGGUCUUCAGCAUCUCCCUGUGGAUCAUCGCUGCCUGGACCGUACGAGUGUGCGAGAGGUAUCAUGAUGCCCAGGAUGUGACCAGUAACUUCCUGGGAGCCAUGUGGCUAAUCUCCAUCACUUUCUUGUCCAUCGGCUACGGAGACAUGGUCCCUCACACCUACUGUGGGAAAGGAGUCUGUCUGCUCACCGGAAUCAUGGGUGCGGGCUGCACUGCUCUGGUGGUUGCCGUGGUAGCCAGGAAGCUGGAGCUUACCAAGGCCGAGAAACACGUGCACAACUUCAUGAUGGACACGCAACUCACCAAGAGGAUAAAGAAUGCAGCAGCUAACGUGCUGCGAGAAACCUGGCUCAUCUACAAACACACCAAGCUGAUGAAGAAGAUCGACCAUUGCAGAGUCCGCAAACACCAGCGGAAGUUCCUCCAGGCAAUACAUCAAUUACGCAGUGUGAAAAUGGAGCAGAGGAAACUCAGUGAUCAGGCCAAUACACUAGUGGAUCUCUCAAAAAUGCAGAGCGUCAUGUAUGAGCUCAUGUCAGAGCUCAACGACCGCAGCGAGGACUUGGAGCGUCAGAUGCUGUCCCUGGAGCAGCGGGUGGAGCAGCUCACCGCCGGCUUCAACACCCUGCCCGCCCACCUCUCCGCGACCCUCAGCGCGCAGCACGCCGCCCUGGUCCACCUGCUGAGAGAGAGGGACACGAGGGACUGGAGAGGAGGUGCUGUGGUCCCGAUAUCCCCCGCGGCGUCCAUACCCGCUUCGGUUUCCUCGGUGCACGUCGCGUCUCCGGCACCCCCCGCAGCCCAGGUCCCUACCUUGGCCUUGGAGUCCCCUCUGUCGCCCCCGUCUCUGAGCCCAGAGGGGAGCCUGGAGGCUGGUCCCUCACCAAACAGCUGCACUGCGAGCUGCUGAGGAGACUGCUCUGAGGACCAGGAGAGGACAAACGUGGAAAGAAAAUGGGGAGGGAGGAGGAGAGAAACGUGAAGUGGGAGGGAGGGUUGAAGACGGGACCGUGGUGAGAAAUAAUAGGACUAAGAUGGAGGGCCAGUCUGAAUGAUGAGACCUGUUAAGGCUUUUGGGGCACAUUCCCGAAAAAGGGGAGGAGAAGAAUAAUGGAUAAUCUAAAAGGUGGGAGGGGGAGGAAGAAUGUCAAGAGAGUGAGAAAUUGUGGUAGAAAGGAAGAGGAGGGUAAAGGAGAGAAGAGUAGGAGAAUAAGGAGGAAUAAUUAUAUAAACUCAGAGCUCCUAAAUGGAUACCACUUCAAUUACUGAACAGGGCCUUUUAUUCUAUAUAUUUCCUCUCUCUCUCUUUCUCCCCUUGCUCCCGAUCUCUCUCUCCCUUCAUCAGGAAUUAAUGACCAUGACUUUUUAUCCUUAUGAUGUAUUUUCUAUUUGAAUGCUAAUUGUACGUUAACGAGCAUCCCUUUAACAGAAUGUUCAAUCAAUACGACCGAGAUGGAGAAAAAACAAGCUAGUGACAUGUACUGCGCACACACACACACACACACACACACACACAACUUGUUUCAGCGCCAUCCACGCAAUACAAGUUAACACAGCACAAACAUGAAUACACAAUCUUUUACAAUGCAGCCCUAUUUACACUCACACAAAGAAAUUGUGUGUAGUAGUUCACAAGAUACUAAAAGCCUAUACUGCCAAACACUGCCAAGCAAUGUAGACACACUGUAAAAAAAUGUUCAUCCAAAAGACUUCCGCUGCUGUGGCCUAAUGCAUAGUUGUGACAUUUGAACUGCUCCCUUUGGAGAACCGCAUCUCUUUACUGAACACAAAACACAGAUGAAGCUGAAAUCAAUUGGUACGACACUGAGGGACAUGAGUCAUAACGUCUGUUUUUGACAAAGAAUAAAGUCGCAGAUUAUAAAAUAACCAAACACAACUGGGAAAUAACUUUUUUAUUGGGAACCAAUGUGUACUUUUAGGUUUGCUGUACUGAAAUUAGACUGAAAGUGUUGUAUGAAGUGCAUUGAUAUUGAAAUUUGCUGUUGGGAGAAAGAAUAGAUUACAACAAAAACAUUCAUAAACUGCCAUUUAGAUCUGCGUGAUUCAUUUUGAAGAAAUUCUUCAAGACACAGCGUUGCUAAACAUAAUGCUAAACAUUUGGUAAAAGUGUUUAGGGGAAACGGUUGAAACAUUGGCCAUCGAUAAAUUAUCUGCUUAUUAUUUUACUUGUCUGAAGUCAGUGGAGUCAGAUUGACUGGGAUGCCGUAGUAUCCAUUGUCUUGCUUAAAAUCUACAUCUUAAAAUUAACAAAAUGUUGUAAUUCAAUGUAAAAUCCAACAAUUGUUUGACUAUGUGAUCAUAAAUUGGGGUCAUCCAUAUUUUUUAACAGUGUAUGGUCGUUUCCAUGCCCCUAUGGACCUUACUCACUGCCAUUAUUUCUCGAGCUUGCGGUCCAAAAGCAGCGCACUGUUAUCAUGAAUGUAUUCUCUGUUAAGAAAUACACUCAAACCCACUUUCUUGCUCGAUCACUUAAACUGCCUUGCAGAAACAGGAACAACCACCUACACGCACGGUCACGCCGAUAUACACACACCUCGACAACCAAAGUGCUCUCUCUUAAAUGGACUUCAAUAAGAGGCAGGCAACGCCGCUGUCACUGGGGACAAAAGAUAGCAAGAGGCCUUGCAGAUGUCUUGACAAUAUUUCUGAGGGAACUGUGAAAAUCUGGAUAUGGAAUUGUUACAAUGCUGUACAUGGACUGCUGUUCACUGCUUUCAAACGGAUCAAGGUGAACCAUGGAUGAACACAAAGGAACACAAAUAAACCGUAUAAAGGGUUGUUCAAGGAGCAACACCUGUUUUCGAAAUAAAUAAAAUAUCGAAAGAAAUUCUUUGCUUUAUCUGAGAAGAAUUCUAAUGGUAUUAGGGGAAAGAGACAAGCCUACCCAUCGGAGACACUAACGAUAACUGUCUUAUAGCGACAUGCUGUGGCCGGAAUACUGAAUUACAUACGCUUGGAAUAUUGUAUAGUAUGCUAUUAACGAAAUCUAGCUUUGUAUUGCUUAGUCUUUUCUACCAAUAUGAUUAAGCGCAGUUAUAGCUGAUAUUUACGAUUACAAAACGAUAGUAUUCUUCUCAUUUGUCACGAAAAUUAUGAUCUAUGUAUUAACGAUACAUCAAAGAAUUUUAAACAAUGAAAGUGCUGUUUGAGGUUGAAAUUAUUUUGUAAUUUUUAUUUUAUCAGAGAACUAAUAAAGUAUAUAUCUAUAACAUCA